CAAACCCAAGCAAUCGGAAACAGGACAUAUUUGCCGCUACGAAUAUUUGUACGACUCGCCUCCCACGCAGCACCAUGUCGUUCGAGCCCAAGCACAAGGUGGAGCUCGAGCCUCCUAAGGACGACAUCAUCAGUCUCGACUAUCUCGCCAAGUGUGACGGAAAGCAUGAAGGAUACCCUACAUACGUCGCGAUCAAGGGCACGGUCUUCGAUGUGACGGGUAACAAAGCCUACGGCCCUGAAGGCUCGUACAAAGUCUUCGCUGGCAAAGAUGCUUCUCGAGCUCUGGCACAGUCAUCACUGAAGGAAGACCAAUGCCGACCGGAUUGGUACGAUCUGACGGAUGAUCAGAAGAAGGUGCUGAAUGAUUGGUUCACUUUUUUCAGCAAGCGGUAUAAUGUCAAGGGCAAGGUGGAAGGUGCCACGAAUACUGGAGAGUAAAUGGGAAAAAAGAGUAACAGCACGAGCGGCACUCCAAAGAUGAGAAAGCUUUCACUUUCUCUUGUCAUUAUGCGUCUCUUCUCUCAUGAUCCUUGAACCCACAAUAUCCCACGAACUGAACGAUCGCUGAAAAAUAAAAAGCACUCAAUGGGUAUGUCCACAACGCC